GUAUAUAUCAGUUCAGCAUUCCAGAGCUCACCAAGGUAGGAUCUUCAGUUGGCAGGAUCAGGGCUGUGGAUGCCGACGUCGGCAGAAAUGCGGAGAUGGACUACACAGUUGUUGGCGGAGACGGUCUGGAUGUGUUCGACAUCAGCACUGACAGAAACUCCCAAGAAGGCAUACUUAGUCUUAAGAAGCCUCUGGAUUAUGAAAAGAAGAAAUCGUACAUGCUUCAGAUCCAGGUCCAAAACACACAUCCAGACCCACGCUUUCUGAGCUUGGACGCUAAGGACAUGGCGACCGUCAGGGUCAGUGUUGAGGAUGUGGAUGAGCCCCCUCAAUUUGAGAAAAUCAGCUAUAUUUUGGAGGUGAAAGAGGACGCGGCUGUGGGCACCAUGAUAGGAUCGGUCAGCGCUGUGGAUCCUGACAUACGCCACAGUCCGGUCAAGUAAGGGCUUUGCGUUAA